ACAUGCAUCGCACAGUGUCGUAGCGUUCCUCCAAUCCGCUGGGUGUCAGUAUCGAGCGCUGUUUUCUUAACCGCGCUUCCGCUCUCCGGCAGCCAUCACGCUUCUGUCAUUGCAGCGGCUUGAUCCUUGAGCAGAGCAGAAAGAUGGCAGGUCGCCGUGCAGCUAUAAAGGCCAUUGACUGGGUGGUUUUUGCGGAGAGGGUGCCACCGAACCAGAGAGCCAUGUUCAACAGCUUGAAGACCCGCAGCGAUUCCAUUGCAGCAAAACUUGCAUCCUUACCAGAGAAACCAGCUCCCAUUGACUGGAGUUACUACAGGAGUGUUGUGGCCAAAGCAGGCAUGGUGGAUGAGUUUGAGAAGAAGUUCGCUGCAUUGACGGUCCCUGAGCCAGUGGACACUCAGACAACAAAGAUCGAUGCCCAGGAGCAGGAUGCUAACAAAACCGCAGCUGCUUAUAUGGAAGCAUCUAAGGCUCGUAUUGCUGAGUAUGAGAAGGCGCUUGAGAAGUUCAGGAACAUGAUUCCUUUCGAUCAGAUGACCAUAGAAGAUCUCAACAACACCUUCCCAGAGACCAAGCUGGACAAGGCAAAACAUCCAUACUGGCCACACAAGCCUAUUGCCGACCUGUAAUUUAUUAGCAACACCCAGAGCUUCAGUAAUGUAUCUUCGAAUCUGAGGUUGCUCUGUAUAGUCUGGUUUGAGUAAUGCUUCUGCUGUAGAAGUGAUUCCAAUCGUGAAAUGACUCAUUACUGUUUUAUUUGUGGAUGAAAAUAUCAAAUAAAUUGUUUAAAUAAUGAAA